AUGGCUGUUGACAAUAAGUGCUGUGACAGUUGUUUCCACUGUUUUUUCGAUUAUGAAACGCCUGUAACGCUAGUGAUCAGCAGCAAAAGAGUUGGACUUCUCUUCAGAUUCAUUCAACUUCUAAUCGUCGCUUACGUGGCUGUGUACGUCUGUUGGUAUCAACGCGGGUAUCAAGACUCGGACUCAGUGAUUAGUUCAGUCACGACAAAAGUGAAGGGUACUGCUGUCACCAACACAUCCGUUCUUGGUGUUCAUGUAUGGGAUGUGGCUGAAUAUGUUAUCCCUCCUCAGGGAGAGAGCUCUUUCUUCAUACUGACAAAUGUGAUUGUCACUCCAGGUCAAACUCAAAGCACCUGUCCAGAGACCCCAAGUCCAGCCACCAUCUGUCACUCUAACAGCGACUGCACAGUGGGCCAUAUGGAUGUCCGUGGUAAUGGUGUUCAAACUGGACUCUGUGCGAACUAUUCUGACACUGUCAAAACCUGUGAGGUGCGAACUUGGUGCCCGCUUGAGAACGACUCAGAAAUCCCAAAACCUGCCAUGAUGAAGUCCGCAGAGCAAUUCACUGUGCUCAUCAAAAAUAACAUCAUAUAUCCCAAGUUCAAUUUCAGCAAGAGAAACAUACUGCCCCACGUUAACUCAUCCUAUCUGAAGCGCUGCAUAUUCCAUCGCACAACAGACCCUCACUGCCCAAUUUUUUGCCUCGGGGACGUGGUUGAAGAAGCUGGAGAGGACUUUGACGCCAUGGCCAUUCAAGGUGGUGUUAUGGGGAUACUGAUAGACUGGAGUUGUGAUUUGGACAUGGCGGAGAGCCUCUGUGUUCCCAAGUACUCCUUCCAGAGGCUGGACAGCAAAAACCCUUCUAACAAUGUCGCACCCGGAUACAACUUCAGGUUUGCAAAGUACUUUAAAGAUGAUGAAAACGGAGAGACAAGAACACUGAUAAAAGCGUAUGGAAUUCGGUUUGAUGUAAUUGUGUUUGGAAAGGCAGGAAGAUUCAGCAUCGUGCAGACUAUUGUUAAUCUCGGAGCCACACUCGCCUUUCUGAGCCUGGUGAAUGCUGUUUGUGACUGGGUCAUGCUGACUUUUAUGGAGAAGAGGGACUACUACAGCAAACAUAAAUUCAUACACUUAGACAACAAUGCAGAUGGCGCAAGGGAAUCACUCACGCUUGGAGAAACCGCCUAUGGAACCCAGUAA